AUCUGACAUGUGCCAUUCAGUUUGACAUCAAGAAGUCACAGAAAGCAUCAGUGAAAAAACUUGUGGGAAAUUCAUCAAGCCUAGCGUAUAAUAACGAUAAGAACGAAGAAAAUCAAUGGAUUCCAAGCAGAACUCAAUUUUAGCAUUGGAUGAUGAUUGUCUCUUCACCGUCUUCACUUAUCUCAACAUCUUGGACUUGAUGGAGACGGAAAAAGUGUGUCAGAGAUUCAAGAGUAUUGCUGAGAUGGUCUAUAAAACCAAGCACAAGUUGGAUUAUGAAGUACUCUUGGAAGAAAAGUUAAAGAAGGCAGAGAGGACAAAGCAGAUCGAGGAUAAUUUUACAUUGGAAGAUGUGGAGAAUAUUUCGCAGAGACUUGGACCCUAUGUUCACACCUUGAAUGCCUGCUCUCUGUAUUUCCUCGACUCCUAUUGUACGCUUCACGACAUCCUAAAAGACUUCAGCAACUUGAGGCAUUUGAAUCUCACUAAAUUCAAGCUCAAUCAAAGGGACUUUCAACUCUUCAACAGGAUUUUCGUAAACCUCAGAGUGAUUCAACUUGAGGAUUGUGAUGUGACGGAUGAUAUUGAAGUGUGUCUUCGAGAGGCAAAGCAUCUAGAGAGUCUAGACCUGUCCUGUAACACUAAAAUCACCGGAAAGUGUUUGACGGUGUUGCGGAACAUUAAGCAGAUCAACUUAGAUUUUUGCUCAAAGCUCGAAUUAUCACAUUUCACAGAAUUCUGUGAGCUUAAUCAGGGACUUCAAGGCAUUAAGAUUGAUAGUUUCUUUCUCACAAAUGAUUUCUUCAGUGUGAUUGCAACGCAUCUGCAGAAUCUCGAGAGGGUUAGGAUCGUGGAUUUAAACACCAACCAAAACAUUGACCUCGCCAUUCUGGGAGAUUUGCCAGGCUUAAAAGUUCUGGAAUUCCUGAACUUCCAAGAGUUCAACAUGGAUUCCUGCCUGCUAAAGCUAGCUGUCUGGAAUACACUGGAACAUCUCUCAAUCUGUUCAUCUCACUUCACGCAAAGACUUUUGCGUGCACUAUGUUCCUUCACAAAGUUGAAAGUACUGAAGAUCAAAUGGAACCAAGAGAUAAAUGAUGCAAAUCUGAUUCAGAUGUCUUUGUCUGAAAAUUUCCAGAGUCUCCAAGAGUUUGAAAUUUACUAUUGCCAUCAGAUAACCGAUAACGGCAUUGUUGAGUUUAUCAGGAAUUGCCGAGAGCUGACACAAGUCGAGCUAGAUCUGGAAUAUAACAUGAUAUGCAAUGUUAUCAAGCGGAUAUUGCCAUUCCUCAAUGAAAGAAAAUCAAUAUUGACCAUUAUAGUAUCAAAACGUCUGUUAAAAAAGAUUCCUCUGCAUAUGCGGGAUCAAAUGUGCAACCCAAAAAUAAAGGUGAUUGAUUCGUGUGGUCAAUCCUUUUAGAGAGAAACGCGGGCUGA